AUGUUAAAUUUAAUUUUCAUUCUUGUUUCAGGAAUUCAUUCUGAAGAACCAGAAGUUUGUUAUAAAUUAGAGGGUCAUUUAUGUGUUAAUAAUCAGAUAGUUGAUAUGACCUUUGUACCCUUAGAUUCAAUUAUAGGUUUAUGGAGAUUUGACAAGAAUUAGAUGGAUGAUAGUCAAUUGUUAAAUCAUAUCUCUUAACCUUGUGAGCUUGGUCCAGGUAGAGGAGCUGUUGGCAAUUCUGCCUAUUAUAGUGGAGAAUAAUAUUCAAUAAUCCCACAUCAUGAUUAAUAUCAUGAGAUAGUCACAAUUUCCAUGUGGAUAUAUCCAUUGUCUUCAUAAUAGUCAUUUACUACGAUUUUACGUAAAGCUUUAAAAUCUACUGAAUACACUCCGACAAUUUUAUUGUGGCCAUUUCAUGAUGAAGCUAAUGUUGGAGGAGGACAGAUUGAAGUGAUAGUUAGUACAUCUUAUGAUAAAGAGAAUCUUCGUAGUAAGGGUAGUGUAACAGGUCGAAAGUGGAAUCAUUUAGCAAUUGUUUUAUAAGGUUUAAGUAUUGAUUUAUAUAUAAACGGCAUUCAUGACAAUGUAUUGUCUUUGAAAGCCAGACCAUUAAAGAAUGAAGGACCCUUCUAUGUAGGAGGAGAUCCCUGGUUCAACGGUCCUCUAUUAUAUUUAGAUGAUCUAACCUUCUACAACAUACCAUUUUUAUGUACAAUUAUUAUAUAUUUACAUAUAAGAAUUGGAAAUUAGUAAAUUAGUAAAUUUUCCUGGAUAAGUCAAUAAUAGACUGUUCUAUUUAGGUUGUGAUGGAUGCAAUUAUCAUUAAAGUUUAAGUAGUUGUAAAUAAGGAUGGCAUUUAUGUUCUCUUUCAGAAUUAACAUCUGGAAUAUAUAUGCAUGCUCGUUAAAAUGGUUGGUUAAGAUUAACUAAAGAUUUUUGGUCAAGAGUUGAUGAAAUAGAUGAAGAAUUAGCAAAGAAUUAUUUAGAUCCUCAAAAAACAAAAGCUGCUAUUUGUUGUUCAGAUUCUUUUUAUUGA